UACGCGUCCUCCGAUCUAACAAGCCUCAUUUCAACUUCCCCACACGGACAGUUUUCAGAGUGUUUGUGAGGAGGAUUAGGGGAUUGAAACAAGAGCAUCUUUUGAAGAUUGUGUAUGGAACAUGGAGUGUGUUCCUGCAGUUCUUGAUGACUUUGAAGGGAAAAAGGAGUCACACACAGAAGAUCCUGAACGCAAUGUGUACACUUGCUUCAUGAAGUCACACCGCUGCUAUGAUCUGGUGCCGACCAGCUCCAAAUUGGUGGUGUUUGACACCUCUCUGCAGGUGAAAAAGGCAUUUUUUGCUCUGGUCUCCAAUGGGGUGAGAGCAGCCCCUCUCUGGGACAGCAAAAAGCAAUGCUUUGUGGGUAUGUUGACCAUAACAGACUUUAUCAACAUACUUCAUCGCUACUACAAGUCACCACUGGUUCAGAUAUAUGAAUUGGAAGAACAUAAAAUAGAGACGUGGAGAGAGGUCUACCUUCAAGACUCCUUCAAACCUCUUGUUAGCAUAUCCCCUAAUGCCAGUCUCUACGAUGCCGUGUCAUCUCUGCUAAAGCACAAGAUCCACAGAUUGCCGGUGAUUGACCCUCUGACGGGGAACACACUCUACAUCCUCACGCACAAGAGGAUCCUAAAGUUCCUCAAACUCUUUAUUUCAGAGAUGCCCAAACCAGCAUUCCUUUCACAGACUCUGGAGGAUCUUAAUAUUGGAACAUUUCAGAACAUUGCAGUGGUCCAGUCUGACACACCUCUCUAUACUGCACUGGGAAUCUUUGUCGACCAGAGAGUAUCUGCCCUGCCUGUGGUUGAUGAUAAUGGAAGAGUUGUUGACAUCUACUCCAAAUUUGAUGUCAUAAACUUAGCUGCGGAGAAGACGUAUAACAACCUGGAUAUUACUGUGACCAAAGCCCUUCAACAUCGCUCACAGUACUUUGAGGGAGUUCUCACAUGCCAAGCACAUGAGACCCUGGAGGCCAUCAUCAACAGACUGGUGGAGGCUGAAGUUCAUAGGUUAGUGAUGAUAGAUGAUCAUGAGGUGGUGAAGGGCAUUGUUUCUCUCUCAGAUGUUCUGCAGGCUCUUGUGCUCACUAAUGGAGACAAUGGGUCAGCCUGAUGAGAGACGAUCAUCUGCUUCUCCUUUGACUAGGAAGCGAGGUGGGUGUAAGAGGACACAGGAGGUGAUGAGGAGGGGGAAAGGACUUGUGGCCGUUGAAAAAAGGCUUAAUAAAAGACUUAAUAGGAUUUGGAUGGCAAUCGAUUCACCUUCAGCAGCCAAACAAGAAACAAGCAUGAGCAAGGAAUUGUCAUAUCUUGGUGUGUGGAAAGGAAAAGAAAGAUUUCCAAAACGUCUCCUUUUUUGAAAUACUGAAACUCCAGAUUGUUUUAGAUGUUUGGGAUGUGAUGUGUUCUUGUGCCUGUUUGCUAGUUGGUACAAACGAUGAACUCUUGCUCUGUGAGGGGAAAAUGAACGUGAAGGAAAAUCUAGCAAUACUAACCUAGGCAUUAGAGAAAGAAGACAACGUAGUCAUGGCAAUGUGUGUGCACACACACACACACACAACAAACAAAACAGAACUCACAGUGCUGCUGUUUAUGCACAGUUUACAUCUGAAAAUGAUGAAAGGGUAUAUCAGUUCCACAGACAGACAAUCCACUUUUCUUUUCACCCGGAUUGGAUUUUAUUAAAGUAUUAAGAUGUAGGUUUAUCAGUAUAUUGGCAUUUAGUUGAGGGAACCAAUUUCAAAGAGUAUUUAUGGUCCACUUCAGUGGCAAUGUGUGAUUUAAAGAAUGAUGAGGAAGUAUAGGCUGUGCUUUACAGUGUUUCUCACAGCAGUAGUGUGGCUCAACUCGAUGAAAAUAUACAAACCACGGAUUACCAAGAUUCAUGUGUAUCAGACACCUAAGAGUAGAGAGAUGGUAUGGUUUCACGUUCCUUAACCUUAUAUGAAUAACAGGAAACUGGCCCUCCAUUAGUUAUUUCACUCAGAUAUUUGAAGUAUAUAGGACCUGUUAUAUACUCUUUCCUUGAGCUGGCCACCUGUUCUUCAGUAAAAUGGUCUCCUGUGCACAUUUAAUAUCAGGUGCUCUCUGCUUGUCAUAUGGGAACACACACAAUCACCAUGCAGCUAUUUGUUUUUGCUCUGAACUAGAGCACACUAGAGGCUGCACUAAAGGAUUACAGAACCUACUUUUUGUCCCCCUACAAUGUGAAAUUAUGAAUUUUGCUGUUUACUCUUUUUAUUGUUAACAGAAUAUUAAUGUAAUUGUGUGUUUUUGGUUUUUAUUGGAUUGGCAUCCCAUCCCAUUUUUCAACAGUAUGGUUAAGUGGAUAGAAACAUCCCCUUGUUUUGUAAUGUAUAGUGAAACUUCCUAUUUUAGGCAUGACUGAAACAAAGUAUAAAAA